CUUCAAACCAAAAAAUGAACACCAAGAAGUUUCUUCUCCUGAUUACUGUGAGCUUUAUGUGCUCAGUAAACUACAUGAUUUUGGUUCCCUUUAUCCCUAUCGAAUUCGGGAAAUUUAAACUUAAGCCCUCAACAUACGGGUAUAUUUAUUCAUGUUUUCCUCUGACGAGCAUGCUUCUAUCCUUUUUCGUAGCGAGAUUCAUGGAUUAUUUUGGAAGAAAACAGGUAUUAAUUGGAGGUAUUUCAUGAAUGACGCUCUCAAUGAUAUCUUUCUCACUUUCUCAUUAUAUCACUAAUGCUUCAAUUAUUGCUCUAGUCUUGUGUGUAAUAAGAGUCCUGCAGGGCAUAUCAGGAUGCCUUGUUACAACUUCAGUAUUUGCCAUUGUUUGUGCUGUAUAUAGUGAAAAUAAGACCAAGUUCAUAGGAUUUGCACAAUCUGCCAAAGGAGCAGGAUGCUCUAUUGGCCCCUUUAUAGGUACACUUCUUUACACACUUUUCGGAUUCCAAGGGACAUACUUUAUCAUGACUGGAAUUUUCGGGUCAUUGCUGAUUCUCUGAAGUGUGUUCAUUGAUGACUCAGUUAACAUCACUGAUACUACUGCUGGCGACCAAGCUGUGUUGAGAGCUCAUGAUGCUGAAAAAGAGGGUCAAAGCCAAAAAGGAGAAACUCCAAUUGAUGGAGUAUCAUAUUGAGUGUUAUUUACAAGGAGAGUAUAUUUACUGACAGCAAUAGCUUCCAUCAUGUCAAAUGUGAAUUUUUGAUAUUAUGAACCAGUUAUGACAGACAGGCUUCAAGGAUUUGGCCUCAAUAAUUUUUGGAUAGGCUUCAUGUUUUCUUUGGCUCCUUUCAGUUAUUUUUUAACUCUUCUUCUCUUUUCAAUGUUUCUGAAGAAAAGUUUUAAGGUUGUUCAUGUGUUUAUUGGAGUGAUUAUCUCAGCCUUUUCGUUGAUUUUGAUUGGACCAGGGAUGUUCUUACCAGAUAAUUUGGUACUAAUGAGUAUUGGGCUUUUAUGGAUGGGUGCAUCAAGUGUUUUAUUUAUCCUCCCAAUCUUGCCUAUCUUAACAGAAGACGGAGUUUCAAGAUAUCCUCAACAUAAAUACAAGGUUAGUGAUAUUUCUUCAGUUGUGUUAAGUUUUUGAUUGAGCCUAGGACAAACAAUUGGGCCGAUAUAUGGAAGCUAUGCUACUGAAUAUCUUGGAUUCAGAAACUGUUCAAGUUGAUUAGGAGUAUUUGUAUUCUGAUUUGCUCUUACAUAUUAUUUUGGCUGUGUUUUCCCUGUUAAAAAUAGAUAUUUUGAAUAAAAA